CAGGCCAAGAACGCCCUGGCCCAUGCUGUUCAGUCAGCCCGCCAUGACUGUGAUCUGCUCAGAGAGCAGUUUGAGGUGGAGCAGGAGGCCAAGGCUGAGCUGCAGCGAGAAAUGUCCAAGGCCAGAGACUAUGUAUUAUUUCAGGCUGCCAUGAUGGCCGAGGAGCUGAAGAAGGAGCAGGACACCAGUGCUCACCUGGAGAGGAUGAAGAAGAACCUGGAGGUCACAGUAAAAGACCUGCAGCACCAGAAACUGGAGUCCAGGGUGCAUGAGCUAGAAGCUGAAGUUACCGAGCAAAGAUGUGGAGAUGAUGCUGUUAAAGGACUGAGAUGACAUACCAGGUUAAUUCUAUGAAUAUAUGUGGAGACUGAGGAGGACAAGAAGAAUGUGGUCAGACUUCAGGACCUGGUGGACAAGCUGCAGCUCAAAGUCAAGUCAAAGAGACAAGCUGAGGACGCUGAGGAGCAGGCCAACACUCACAUGUCCAGGCUGACAAAGGUUCAGCAUGAGCUGGAGGAAGCUCAGGAGCGUGCUGACAUCGCUGAGUCCCAGGUCAACAAGCUGAGAGUCAAGAGCCGUGAUGCUGGAGAGGUAUCUUUGUUGUUUCCCUGA